AUGAAUCCAUCAGAAACCCAGGUUCAGCCCAACAUGAUUACUACAGCAACAUCGACAGCAAAUACGACCACCAUCAACUGUACAGCUUGUCAUCAACAGCUCGAAGGCAACUUUGCACGCGCCCUGGAUGGUGCUUUUCACUGGAACUGUUUUCUUUGCAUAGAUUGCAAUGAACCAGUGGCCGAAAAAUUCUUUCCCAUCGAAUUUGAAGACGGUAUUCAAAAACCACUGUGUGAAAGAGAUUAUUUCAAAAGACUCAAUUUAGCCUGUGAUAAUUGUGGAGACGCAUUGCGAGGAUCAUACAUCACAGCAGUUGGAAAGAAGUUUCAUUUGGAGCAUUUCUGUUGCAGUAUUUGCUCUGUGGUCUUUGGUCCCGAUGACUCUUACUACGAGUACGAUAACAAUGUGUAUUGUCAUUACCAUUAUUCGAUCCAGUUUGCCAUCAAAUGCAUCGGCUGUGAAACUGCUAUCCUCAAACAAUUUGUAGAAAUCAAUAGAAAUAACGUAGAUGAACAUUGGCAUCCGGAAUGCUACAUGAUUCACAAGUUUUGGAAUGUCAAAUUAGCACAGUCUUUUGGACAAGAUGAUUCCACCACAACUCUUGAUCUCAGCCUAAUGACCUCUGACGAACUCAAGGAAACGCAGACUAUCAUGGAAGAAAAAGUGUAUCGAAUUUGGACAGUGUUAUCAGCAUUCGAAGAAUCUGCUGCUGGCUGUAUAUCAGAUAUGCUGCUACAUGUCUCUGAGGGAAGCUAUGCGGAUGGUGUUAAAAUGGCAGACUAUUUUGUGACACAUGUCGAUGUUUUGUUUACUGCCAUUGACGAUCUCGCUGACCAUUACCACAAACAGACCAAGGAAGAACUGUUUUACGACCGAGAAUCCAGCAUGUUGUGCAAAAAGGUAUCCAAUUUCUUCUCUCUUCUGUCUCAUACACAAGAAAGUGGUCUUCGUAAAAUUGGCAUCACACAGGACUUGCUCUCGCUGGUGACUGGACUGGCUCAUUAUCUCAAAGUGCUGAUCCGCAUCGGCUUGACAGGCGCAUUGAAGCUGGAAAAGAAGAACGACACCAAAUCUGUAGCUAUCAGCCGUUUCUUGAGUCAGUUGAUGGAAUUAGCAAACAAAAAGCGUCAAUAUUUGCAUGAAGCGGAUUACACGAUAUCAUCUGAUCUGUGUCAGUUUUGUAGAAAGGCUUGUGAAGAUGCUUGUUUCAGAUACAAGACGCACCUCUGGCAUGAUCAGUGCUUUGCUUGUACACAGUGUUGCUCUCCACUUCGACUGGAAUACAAAGAUGCCUGGAUUCAGCAGCAAACCUUGACGAUUACCUGCAAAAAGUGUAUUUCUAGCAACAAAGACGGUUAUUCUCAAGGCGUGGAAUAUGUGUCCAAGUUGAAGCAGUCGUCCUUCUUAUUGCGUGUGGCAUUGCGACGCUUGUACAGCUUGUUGAACGUGCCAGAUCCCAUGGUGGCAUACUAUGGCCAGCCUGUUGAACAGUCUCAGCAUCAGCACCAGCAACCUCUCCAAAUACAGACACAGCCGCCUCAACAGCAACAACAGCAACAACAGCAACAGCAACCACCUGUCAAGCAGCAAGUGCCAGCUCAGCAACCACCUCUGCCUCAAGUGCCUCAAGAUGCUCACAAUGAAGAGAUCCAUCUGAACGAUAUCAAACGCAUGAAAUCCACCCACAUGAAUCGCAAGAUUACCAACUCACAUCGUGUAGGUAAACGCUCCACAUUGAUGGAGACGCCCAGCCCAACCACCGCAUUCGUGACCAACAAGACGGAUGAAAACAACAGCAUCCACAGCAGUCGACCUCACAGUUUGACAUCUUCGAUAAAGCGAUCCUCAUUGAACGAGUUGGAAGGGGAUUUGUCUCAAAUGAGUGUGAGCAGUGCAACUCGAUUAUACACACACAAAUAUACCAAAUCAGUACCCAAGGCCAAGAGUUUCUACUUUGCGGAAUUGGGAGCAUUACAACACUUUAUGCUGAAACACAUUGCCGUGCUUUACCUGGAUGAGAUUCUGAACGACCAUUUUACAUUGGAGGAGUUGGCUGAUUUGAUUGACGAUAGAAAGAACUCGACCUUGUGGGGUAAGUUCGUUACCAGCUUAAAGGCGGGUGGUAAUAAAAAGGUGCCUCGGGCCAAAGAGGGAACGUUUGGCGUGCCUAUUGAUACGCUAGUCGAAAAGAAUGGUAUUGAAUCCAAUUUAGGCGUGGGGCCUACGCGCAUCAUCAAAAUCCCAUCGUUCAUUGACGACAGUAUUUCAGCCAUGAAGCAAAUGGACAUGUCUGUGGAGGGUAUCUUUCGUAAGAAUGGUAAUAUCCGUCGACUGAGAGAGCUGAGUGAGGAGAUUGACAAGAACCCCAAUUCUGUGCAAUUCUUGAACGAAACACCUAUUCAAGUGGCCGCAUUGAUCAAAAAGUUCUUGAGAGAGCUGCCUGAUCCGUUACUGACGUACAGAUUGCAUCGACUGUUCAUUACUGCCCAAAAGUUGGACUCGGAAGCAGAUCGAAAGCGUGUGACACAUUUGGCUUGCUGUCUCUUGCCCAAAGCAAAUCGCGAUACCAUGGAAGUCUUGUUCACAUUCAUGAAAUGGGUAUCCCAAUUCGCUGAUGAUGCUGGGGGAGGUGGCAGUAAAAUGCACACAGCCAAUUUAGCCACCGUCAUUGCGCCCAACAUUCUGUAUUCCAAGAGCAAAGACCCCAUCAAAGACGAAUCCUUCCAUGCUAUCGAGUGCGUCACGAUCAUGAUCCAAAACGCCGAAGAAUUUGCCACUGUGCCUGAAGAUUUCAUCCCCUUAUUGCAGAAUCUAUCUUAUGAAGAAGGCGACAUGGAGCUGAACGUGCGACACAUUUUGAAAAAGUGCGAAGUGGUCAUGAAGAUGAGACGAUCUAAAUCUGCCGCUGCAGGACUCCCUGUCCCACCUCAAUUGCCAAGACAGCACUCUUCACCAGCGACAGUGACCACCUCAAGCAGCAGUAAUGCUGACUAUCCAUCCUACCCUCCCAUGGAACAACCAGCAGAAACAACACAGCAACCACAGACACAGCAAAACUAUUACCUGUCAUCAUCACCACAAAACACUGUGUUUGAUGAGCCCAAAGAAGGUCUUGCUCCACCUACAGUGCCUCCCAUCAUCCGAUCUCAAUCAUCCACUCAAUUGAAUGCAAAUGAAGGAGGCAAUCUCUUGGUAAAAGAACUGAUUCAGUAG